AUGGAACCCAAUAAAAUGCCUGCUGUCCACCAUUGCCCCUCAGACUCUGCCACAGGGGGUGAGACUGGAGCCCCCCAGGGUACAGAGCUUAUCCCCAGGAGAGCUAUCAGUCGCUCUCCAACCUGUGCCCGCUGCCGCAACCAUGGUGUCACUGCCCACCUGAAAGGCCACAAGCGCCUCUGCCUCUUUCAGGCUUGCGAGUGUCGCAAAUGUGUCCUCAUCUUGGAGCGCCGAAGGGUCAUGGCUGCCCAGGUGGCCUUGCGUAGGCAGCAGGAGGCACAGCUAAAGAGGCACCUGGCUCAAGGACUGAUGGGGAGAGGGGCAGCCCCUCCCAAAGCUCCCAGCCAUGUCAAGAAGGGAGCCACUCGACCAGGGGUCUCCCCUGGAAAGGAGAACAUAGCACCCCAGCCUGAGAGCCCCCAUGGGGCAGUCCCACAGGCACUGACACCUCCUGGGAAGAAUUCCCAGGGACCUCCGCUGCUCAGCCGUCCCCCAGAAGCCUUGCCUUUGCCCUGGACUCCGGUGCGUCUAGGCCCUAGGGCCCCUGGACACUGGCUGCCUCCAGGCCUUUCCAUGCCACCCCCAAUGGUGUGUCGCUUGCUAUGCCAAGAACCUGCAGUCCCUCUGCAUCCCUUCCCUGGCUUUGACCCUGGCACCUCCAUCCGGCUGCCCACUCUUGGACCCCUCCCAACCUGCCCAGGAUCUCGCCCAAUACUGAUGGCUCAUCUUUCUGGAGAAUCCCAAGGGCCCUCUGCCCUGCCCCACACAUGCUCAACUCUGAUACUCCAGCCCUGUGGCACCCUAGACCCUCUUCUGCUGCAACCACAGGCCCCCGGAGCCUCUCGCCUGACAUGGACCUCUGCCCCCUCAGAGCGGCAGCUGCAGCGGGAGGCAGCUGAGGCUCUUGUGGGGCUGAAAGAUUCGUCCCAGGCUCCCCGCCUGACCCCUUCUGUCUCCCCCAACCCUGCCUGGAUCUCCCUGCUCCACCCUUGUGGCCCACCAGCUCCUGCUGGAGGAAGAGGAUUCCAGCCUGUUGGCGCCUCUCUCCGACCCAGCCCAGCCCCCUCCGUGGCUCUGCAUAUUGGGCAUCUGGGGUCCAUCUCCCUCCUAAGCUAG